ACUCCUAUUGACUCCAUCACCACAUCUUUCCACCUCCCCUCUCCUCCUAUGAAAACCACCCUAAAACCUCUCGCGACACAAAAUUACCACUAACGCCAUUCCAUCUUAGAUGUAGAAUUCACCACCACCAUCAAUUGUUUGAAAAACGCCACUAACUACCACCCCAUCAGCAAAUGACCUGUUUGAGAUUUAUGGACUUGUCUAGCAUUGAGGUGGGGACUGGAAUGCAGAGUCUGCCACACGCUUUGCUACGACUUUUCUCACAUUCCAAUCAGGUGGACGGUGUUGGGUGGAUUUGUGAGUGAGGCAAGUUUGGAAUUGUUGAUUAGCGGCUAUGGGCUGAGGGGAAGGUGUUUUAAAGUUGGCAGGUAAGAUUGUGGUUGUUUGCUGAAGGAGGGGUGGGUUUAUAGGUUUUUCCUUGUUAUUUAAAAAAUUGCAAACUAAAAAAAUCAAAGUUAACUUGUUCUAUAGAUUGUAGUUCAUUCAAGACUACAAAAUUAGAUUGCAAGGAAAUUUCACAUGGUAGCAUAGGAAAUUUUAUGAAACGCUAAUUGUAGCACUUUUGUAAGACUUUUCCACAUUGUAGCAUCUAGUUUAUGCCUUAUCUGACUGUCGUAGUAUUUUUCGUUAAAUUCUUGUCAAUUUUCAUUUAAUUCACCAUUUUGACGUUUCUAUUCUUAUUAAGUGUUGGUUGUUGUCUUUAUAAUUUGUCCUAAAUCAUAUUUAUGCUCCCAAAUGUUUAAUUCAUGGUGAAUUAAAUAAAGAUUGACAAGAAUUUAACGGAAAAUGCUACGACAGUUAGAUAAGGUAUAAACUAGAUGCUCCUAUGUGGAAAAAUCUAACAAAAAUGCUACCAUUGCGUUUCAUAAAAAUUUAAUGCUAUCGCGUGGAAUUCCUCAAUUUUUAAAUAUAAUAUAAAGUUAAAUUUUUUGUAAUUAAAUCACACAAAAGUUAAAAAUUAUAAAAGUAAUUUUCCCUUUAAAAAAUUUAUUUUUUUUAUAUAAGAGUAUUUUUUUCUUAUAGUAUAUUGAUAGACUUUUUAAUUUGAAAUUGUGACUUCGCACCUUACCUUAAAUUAAUUUUUGGAUGUAAUAGAAAUUGGAUGAAAAAUUGACCACACUUUUUCUUAAAAAGAGAAUUGAAUCCAAAAAUGGGCAAAGCAGCAAUUUAGUCAUAACAGCCGAAAAAACAAUGCUUUGGGAUUGGACAAUCUUAAGAUCACAUCUUAUGAUUUUGGACGACAUGGGCCCCACUUCAUCCACCCUGUAAUUUAAUUAUCCAUCAACUUAAAAAAAUUAAUUUAAUUGAAAUAAAAAAAUAAAAAUAAAAUCAAAACACACGGAAGGUUAUUUCUGUCUUUUCAGAUUUAUAUACCCUCUUAUUUAGAUCCGAUCAUCCAAAUCGUAAAAUAUUUAUUCAUAAUCAUAAGGGUAAUUUCGUAAAUACAUUAAAUAAUCAAGGGCGUAAAUUCGGAUUGACGAGAAAUUAAAAUAAUAAUUUACCGGACGAUCCAACUUUGCCAUUUAGAAAGACGCCAUCUUCAGACAAAGAAAGAGGAGAGAGAAGUAGAAAGAAAGCGAAAUACAGUUGCUGAACAGAACAGAGGAGAGAGAAUAUACUAACACUAGGAAGAGGAGGAGGAGGAGGAAGAGGAAGGUGUUAACAAUGGCGGAAGAGCAAAAAGGAGAGCGGAAACACAGCGAGGAAAGCGUCAAAUUAUUUGUAGGUCAAGUACCUAAGCAUAUGACGGAAGCUCAACUUCUCGCUAUGUUUAAAGAGUUCACUUUGGUUGACGAAGUCAACAUUAUCAAAGAUAAAGUUACUAAAGCUUCUCGAGGAUGUUGUUUUGUGAUUUGUCCGUCUAGAGAAGAAGCAGACAAAGCUGUCAAUGCUUGUCAUAACAAGAAGACGCUUCCUGGAGCUUUGAGUCCCUUGCAAGUGAAGUAUGCAGAUGGCGAACUGGAAAGAUUAGAGCACAAGCUUUUCGUUGGCAUGCUUCCCAAGAAUGUCUCUGAAACUGAGGUUUCUGCUUUGUUUUCUCAAUAUGGGACGAUAAAGGAGUUGCAAAUUCUGAGGGGGUCUCAGCAGACAAGCAAAGGAUGUGCAUUUUUGAAGUAUGAGACAAAGGAGCAGGCUCUUGCAGCAAUGGAUGCUGUCAACGGAAAGCAUAAAAUGGAGGGCUCGAAUGUUCCUUUAGUAGUUAAGUGGGCUGAUACAGAGAAAGAAAGGCACGCUCGAAGGGCUCAGAAGGCCCAGUCACGUGCUUCAAUUGAAGCAAAUGGUGAUCCAUCACAGCAAUCUUCUUUAUUUGGAGCCAUGCCAAUGGGUUAUGGUCCUGCAUAUAAUGGUUACGGAUACCAGGCUCCUGGCGGUUACGGAAUUAUGCCUUAUCGCUUGCCCCCGAUGCAAAACCAAUACCCUAAUAUGGUUUCUCCAGUAAAUCAAGGAAAUGGUUUACGCGGUGUGAGACCUGAUCUUUCUCCGGGUGCUGCACCAAGAAACUAUGUUGGAUCCGGUUAUCCUGCUGUUCCAAAUCUUCAAUAUCCUGUGCCAUAUCCCGGAGGGAUGAUGAACCACAGACCGGUUAAUAGUUCUCCAGGAUCCAUGCAACCUAGUGUUGCUAACAGUCCCUCUGGAACCUCUCCUGGUGCAAGUCCAAGUUCAAGUUCUGUAAGUCAGGUUGAAGGACCACCUGGUGCUAAUUUGUUUAUAUACCACAUACCUCAAGAAUUCGGUGAUAAUGAAUUGGCAAACGCUUUUCAGCCUUUUGGAAGGGUCUUGAGUGCCAAGGUAUUUGUUGAUAAAGCAACUGGCCUCAGCAAAUGUUUCGGAUUUGUCAGUUACAACUCACCUGCAGCUGCACAAUCUGCUAUUGGUAUGAUGAACGGUUUUCAAUUGAAUGGUAAGAAGUUGAAGGUUCAGCUUAAAAGAGAUAACAAACAAAACAAACAGUAUUAGUUUGGACGUAUACCAUGCAUUGGAUGAUGGUCUGCCAUAUAGUCUCGAUUCAAGCAAGAGAAGUGGGUGGUAUGGAGAAAUCUGGUUCCAGUUAUUGGUACAUACCCAAUUGAAAGUUCCAGGGGGUUUAAAGUCCCACAAACUCAUAGCUGUUGUUGCAAAGCUUAGAUGACCAAUUUACUUGUAUCUUAUGUAUCAAAAAAUUCAUUUGGAUUUUUAAUUCUUAAUUUAUUGAUUCUUCCUCGAACAACUCUUGCGGCUAUGACUCUGUAUAUGUCUGCAAAAGAGAAAAGAAAAGGGUCAUUUCUUCAUUAUUUUUCUCA